UAACCAUACGAAUAUUAACCUAAUGACUUUUGAGAUAAAAUUUAUGAGGGUAGUGCAUUGAAAUCAGUGUGGGUUCAAAAUGUUAACUGUUCGGACGCGGCUAGUUAUUUACAUUACAACAAUAUUGUUUAUUCAUACAAAUGCAUUACGAGUGUUUAAUUUCGAUGGUGAUGAAACGAUACUGGCUUUCGAGAACGAAAACAUCAAAAUCGAAUGCAAGUCGGAUCUCCCAAUAAAUUACUGUGGCUUUGUGAAUCCAAGUGGAAACCGAUCGUCGUUCACAGAAAGUUCGGUUAACGAUGGAAAAUGCAUUCACAAAAUAAGAGCAAAGCCCACAGACAGUGGGGAAUGGAAAUGUCACAUUGGGCUCAAAUCUGUGCGGCUGGAGAUUAUUAAAAAAAUUAAAGUACGCAUAGUAGACCAGCUAGCAGCCAUACAACCGAAUAUUACUGUGAAACAUAACAAGCCGGUGACUAUAUCCUGUGCGACCACCAAGGGCUAUAUUCCUCUGAGCUACUGCAGAUUCGAACCACCCAACGGCCAAUCGUUCAGUAUCGAUUCCACUGUGAACGCUUCCAAUGCCAUCCUCGGCAAGUACUACUUCCCGGCGAACCGCAGCCUGGACCGCGGGGAUUGCGCCGUGACGCUCGCUAAGGCGAAAUACGAGGACGGCGGCCUGUGGACGUGCGGAGCCGGCUUCGACGGCAAGGAGGGCGUGGAUGUUAUCAUGCUGGAGGUCGAAGGUAUGUACGCUAUGUCGACCGCUUCGGCUACAGGAGUGACCUUCGCAGUGGUACUGAUAGUGGGCAGCCUAGUCGCCCUAGGAUACCUAGCGUGGAAGAGACGACGUGUGCUAGCCGGAGUACCACAGGAGUCUGUGGAAAUACACGAGUUGGAACGACCGGCACAGGUCAUACCUACUGUCAGCGUACAGUCACCAUCUGAACCUAGUUCCUCUCCGUUAUUACCUAGUGCCUCAUAGAUACCUGAGUGAAAAAAAUACUAUCAAGAAAGAGACUCUUAACAUUAUCACGAUGCAUUGGUGUUUUUGUUUCGCCUCGUAUUUCCACAGAAAAUGUUUAUACAUUUUAUGUACUUGUAUAUGUUAUUUAAAAAUAAUUGUCUUCGUCGUCUCCUUUUCUUGAUAAGCUAUAAUGUUGCAGCUAUUAAGUUGAAUUGACCAGCCAAUUUUCCUAGGCCUGUGCAUUAAACGAGCUUUAAAAUUACUAUACAGUCAUGCAUUUAUUACGUUUAGCGUUGCUAC